UGUGUGCGUGCAUGUGCGACUGUGUGUUGAUGUGUGUUGAAUCAUACCACAGUGACUGUACAUCACGUAAACCCACUUAAGACAUUUGUUAUCCUACAGUUAGAGAUGACUUUGUACCUGGUCACCUUAAGCCUGGGCGUGGCCGUCCUCAUGACGUCACUUCCGGGCCCCGCCCUGUCCUGUACGAGGGUGUGGCGGCCGCCCAUGUCGUUCCCACAGCAGGUAGUGGCAGCUGGUAUCGCCGUACACGCCAGGGUGGUGGACAAACUCAAAGGCACCGACUUGCGCAUGUAUGCCGACUGGCCCCGUGUUUACCAAGCCGUGCUGCAGGUUCACUGUGUGUUCAAGGGCGGCCCGCUGCCAGCCAACCUCACUGUGGACUUGAUGGGGAGACCGGACACAUGUCUCGACACUAGAGUCGAGAUCGGUGAAGACUACAUCCUCUUACUAAAGCGGGGAGAUGACAUGUACCUCCCAGACGAGGUGAACCACCGUGACUCUGCGGCCUUUCCCGCCGACCAGGACCAAUUUUGGACCAGGUCAGCCGAACCUGUGACCUCGGCGACUUCACGUCCCCCGCCAACACUAGCGCACAGCUCGGGUGUUCUGUAA